ACUUGAGUCUUUAAUUUUCUAAAAUAUAUUAGCUUUAAAUAGCAUUAUUGAUAAUUAAUUUUAAUCAAAAAUUACAUUUAUUUAAUUGAAUUUAAUACUUUAACAGUAAAUUAUUUUACAAUUAUUAUGGCAAUAGAUGUUUCAAAACCUGGUUGUCCAGAAAAUAAUAUUGAAAUGCUUGAAGAUAUUGAUGAAACUUCAACAAAUAAUUCACAACUUGUAUCAAAGUUUGAUAAAAAAAUGAUAAAUUUAAUAAUAGCUCAUCAAAAAUCACUCCAACAAAAAAAUGAACUCAAACAAAUUUGUGAAAAUUGGGAUGGUACAAAUAAACCAGGUAUUUUUAAUAUUAAAAAACUUGAUUUUUUCUACGCAACAUCAAUUGUUUUUAAAAAUAUGCAAUUCAUAUAUAAAAAAUUUCUUGCACAUGUUUAUACAUUAACACAUUUGUGUGGUGUCAAUCUUGAAAGUUUAUCAGUACCAUUUGAAUGUGACACUGAAAUAUUGAAAAUAAUAAAGGAACACUGUCCAAAUUUAAAAUACUUGCAUUUACCAUAUAUCAGAUUUAAUGAUGAUAAAUUAACUCAAGUAUUUACAAGCUUAAAACAAUUGAAUUAUUUAUCUAUUGGAAAUGAAUUGAGCAAUGGUCAACUUAAACUUGAUAAUUUUAUGGAGGCAGUUAAAAAUUUACCUGAUAGUUUAACAGAACUUCGGUUGUCUUUAUCAUUUAACAUUCAUAAUGCAUUUCAAGCUCCACCAGGAAGUUUAGCUCUGGUUUUGGAAAAUUUAAAUAACUUGAAAACUCUCAAAAUGAUGAUGUUCAAACUCAGCAUGAAUGACAUGAUUGUCAUCAGUCAAUUAAAAACAUUAAAAAAACUUGAUUUAAAUUGUUCAACCCUAAUUGAACCACGCUCAAUGGAUUUAAUAUGUAACAUUGAUAAUCUUGAAUACUUUGAGAGUGAUUGUGACGAGAUUGAUGAUGAAUUUUUGAUAAAUCUUGCAAAUGGAUGUAAAAAAUUAAAAGGUUUAACUAUUGAUAAUACAUUUGGUUUAACUGAUGCUGGUAUUAUUGAAUUAACAAAAUUAAAAUAUUUAAACUCAUUGGCUAUUUACCCUGUUGGUAAAUUAUUUCGAAUACCAUGUGUUAUAACUGAUGAAUCAAUUGGAAAAUUUAAAAAUUUAAAAAGAUUAAUUGUUGGACAUAUCAAAGGAAUAACUGAUAAAUCAAUUAAAAAAAUAUUAGACCAUUCACCAGAACUUGAAGAACUUGAUACAACUAAAACAUCAGUAACAAUGCAGAUCUACCAACAUGCUGCAAAUGUUACUAAAAAUCGUACUAAUAAUGUCAAACUUAGAUGUUGUAUUUUUGAAGAUUUAGAUGAUGAUGAAUAUGAUUAUUUAUGUUAUUUAGAAAAAUCAUCACCUUUUCUUGUUCUUGAUAUUUUUUAAAAUUAAUCUACAAUUAUAAGUUGAUAAUUAAAUUAUUUAAAAGUUGAUAAAUAUUUAAAUUGUUAUUAAAAGUUAUUAAAGUUAUCAAGUAAAAUUGUAUUAACAUUAAAAAAAAACUGUUCACUUGAAUAAUUGUUAUUUUAUUUGUGAAUUAUAUAAAAUUAGUUAAUAAAAAAAAUAAUUAUCAUUUUUAAAAAAAA